UAAAUGGACAGAGGCAAUAGGAAGACCAAAGAUAAUAAGAGAGCGAGCAAAGAAAAAACACCAAAAGGCAGCAAGAAACAGAAAGUUAAAGAAUCUCAAGAACGCUCAAUGGCACCACAAGAGGAGGAAAAACAUCCCCAAAGAAAUAUGGAGGAAGAAAAAGAGCCUAAGCAACAGAACCAAGAGAUAACCAAUAUCUCACAUUUCGAGAUACCUUCAUCAAACACUAGAGCUCAGCAAGAUCAAAUUAAAUAAAAUGGAAAUGCCAGACUUCACCGAAGAUCAUGCAGACUUCGGAACAUUCGAACCAAUGCUUUACCAAAUGGAGCACGACGAGGACUCUGAAGGAGAAGACGGCAUCCACGAAAUCGAAGGUGAUAUGAUGGAAGAAGAUGAUCUUGAAAAUGAGAAACUUCCAGAAGAAGGACAAAGAAAUAUUCCUCAAGACUUUGGCAGUUUAGGAGCUCCAGGGGGAAUGCAAGACUCGCAUCCUCAAAUACCACAAAGAUUUAGGGCAAUCCAAAUGUCAAGAGCUAUCAGAAGAAUGGCAGAGAGAUAUUCAAGAGGUAGAGGCCGUGGGAGGAACAGAAGAGCUGAUGAAAAUUCAAUCAAAUUUGACAACUUAUUCGCACAACUACAGACCCAAAAUAUUGACGAACUUAAAACCAAUAUUGCUCUUCUCAACACUGAAAUCUGAAUGAGUAAUGAAAGCAUGAAGAGAGCUAUGCGGCCUGAAAGAUUUGUCAAACCUUUGCUGACACAUCUUGAGAAUGGAUUAGACUCUGCUUUAAUGCUAUCCUGCUCAAAUUGUUUGCUCACCAUUAUUGACAUCUUUCCAGAAGUUUCAGAAACCAUUAUUGCCCAGAAAGGACUCAAAAUCCUAGAAGAAAAGGGAAAGAACUUCGAAUACAUAGAUGUAGCUGAAGACUGUGUUAAGUUAUUGGAUAAAAUUGCUGAUACAUGUCCUGGAGAAGUCUGGAGCACAGGCUGUGGAUCUCACUUCCUUAGCUUCAUGGACUUCUUUGAUAUGAACGUUCAGAAGAUCAUCAUGGAUCUUACUUUGAAAUGAAUCAGAGAAUUCUGUUCCCUCAGACAAUGGAAUGAUGAGGUCAAGCAAUGUGUGUCCUUGAUAAUAAACAAGUGUUCGAGGCUUGGAUUUGGAGAUGGAGAAAUGCUGAUUAAAAAUCUAGAAUGCCUCUCGAUGUUUCUCAAAAGAUUGAUAGAUUGCAGAGAAGAAGAGUUCCACUCAGAUAGUCAAAAUUCUGAUGGCCCUAUUCUCAAUUCAAGAUUACUUAUUGAAACUUUUAAGCUAAGAAAUCCCCAUCUAUUUAAAAGUUCUGGAAGUAAACCAGGACCUAAAGUUCUAAAGAUUUAUGAUGAAAUUUUUGACGACCAGACUUGCAUUGUCAACUUCAUGGAUAUGCUGAAAGGAUCCCCAGGAAAGGACAAUGUUGAUCUUACAGACCAGAAGGUUAAGCAAUCCCAAAUGAUUAUUUUCAAUAUUCUCAAUAACUGCACUAGCUGCUCAACCAAGAUUUGAGCCACUGUUCUCAAGAAUGGCUUCCUUGAUAUUAUCCUCCAUUGGAUGAGUCCUAAAAACAAAAUAGCAGGAGCUUUUGAAGAUAAAGUAAAAAAUGACUCAGAAUUUUCUGAAAACGAAGACUUCAAGCUUGGAGCUGGAGGAACUGCAACAACUGGCUACCAUAUGAACAAAAAGAAUGCAAAUGCAAAGAUCAGAGAUAUGAUUGACUCAGAAACUAAAAAUAAUGAAAAACAAAUUCUGAACCUUCUAUCAACUUUACUCUCAUUAGACAUUUUAAAGAAGCAAGAUUUAACACCAGAGGAACAAGACUGCAAAGAUGUGCUACUUAACAGAGAUAUUCAGUCAAAACUCGGAAUAUUCGGCUCAAACUACCUAAACAACUUCGUCAACCUCCAAAGCUGCUCCUCAACCCCCAUAAAACCAUCAAACUCCCUCAAAGAGAAGCAAAGACUGCUCGAAAUCCUCAACAAAAUCAUAAUCCUCAUCCACCCCCAAGUACUCUCUGAGACCAUCAACCCUCUUAUAAUCGCUCGGCAGCUUCGGUCCUUCCUGAACAGCUCGAACGGGUACCACCCUUCCAAAAUGAGCUUCCACUCGAACUCUCUGGCUGACAGAGUUGUAGAACAGAAGUAUAUUUAUUUGUGCAUGAAGGUUAUUAAGAAUAUACUGAAGAAGACUAAGAAUAGGGAUAUUGAUUUUUGAGUGCCUAUGAUUAGAGAAGGAAUUUUGAAGAACAUUGAAACCGUGAUCGGCCAAGGAAAUAAUGAAGAGGAAAAAGAAAAGUCUUCCCUGCCAAGUAUUGACUACAUUACUUCACAAAUUUCAUCCCGUCCCUCUCAAGCACCAAGUUUAAUGAAUGCACAAAGAUUUGGAAAUAGAAGAAAUUUUGAUGGAAUGAGAGACCCCUUCUCUGAUUUCAGUGAUUCAAGAGUGAAUCCUCUAGCAGCGAAACUUAAGGAAUUCAAUGACACUAAACUCAAGCUCAAAAAGAAGGUUCUUCCAUUUAUUAAGAAAGAGCUUGAAAAUGCAAACUAUAAAAACGAGCCAUUCUUUGAACUCAAAAGAAUUGCUAGAUGCUUAACGAAUGAACAGAUCAGCUCUACGCUAUGUAAAGAAGCACUUAAUAGGCUCAGCCAGUUACUCAUUGAGCAAGGCAUGACCUAUUAUGAAGCUACAGAGUCGAAUAUAAUCGAAAGUUUACACAAAUUUGUGAUCAGAAGAGAUGAAUUUAUGGGAAAAGAGAAGUCCCUUUGGAAUAGGAUCCACAUCUUUAUAGAUGAGUUUGCUGAAAACCAAAAGGGGCUCACCCAAUUAAUCCAAAACUUGCAUAACCUUAUAAACGAUGAUGAGUCUAUUGAAGAUCUCCAUGUGAGUGAUAAUAAGAGACACCCUUUUCUGAACUACAGCAGAUGGAAUGAAACACUCCAAGUAGAGAUUAUCUGUGAAUACGAGUCAUUCCAAGAACCCACAAAGAAGCCUACCCCAAAUUUACCAUCCUUCCUUAGCGCAUUUGAUCAGAGUAUGUCUCAGUAUGAGAACCAAGAAGGGAUGAAGCCACCUCCAAAGAAGGAACAGGAGCUUGACUCAGAAGGCAAAAUGAAACAAAGAGAUGAAACCUUUAAGAAAAUGAGACCUUUUAGAGUAAUAAUACCUUCUGAGUACAAAAUGAAGGCUAUUCUUAGAAAUAUUAUGGCGAACCUCAAGAACGCAGACUCAAAUAGACUUAACAUGAGAGGAAGAGGUCUUUCAGGAAUUAUUGGACGCAACCAAAUUAGAACUUUAAACAAUCUCUCUGAUGACAGAAUGCAAAACACUAGUCACCUAAUCAUAGAAGACCAUGUCCCAGAUCACCCGGACGAAGAUAAUGAAGGAGAAGACCACAGAGACGAGAUGAUGGAAGGAGAAUUUGAUGAUGAAGAUGAAUCAGAUUCCGAAUUACAUAGACCAGGUGAAGAGACUAAACAAGACUUUGUAAUCAAACUUCUUCCAAACCAAGUUGAAAAUGAUGGAAUUGACUUAAACAUCUCUGUUGAAGAUUGGAUCAAAAGAAGAAUCAAAGCAUGCAAACCACCAAAGAUAUUGGAUAAAGUUUUCAGUGAAAAGAUUUUUAUGCCACCAAAUAUACUAAAAUUCACUAUAUCAGAAAAUAUUCCCAAAGAUGACAAGGCUGAAUCAGAUGAAGAAAUUAUAGGUGAAUCUUCAGAUCUCGCUGUGGUUAAUGCUAAGAUUGAAAGAGGUUACUCUCUCUACAUCAAGAAUGAUAAGUACAAGAAAUCUCUCCAAGACAAAGAGCUUGAAAGGGUCAUCCAACGAGAUAUACAAUCUAAUGAAAAGAUCCAAGAGCAACUUGGUGACAGUUGUAAAUUACUAGAACUAAUGAAAUUUAUUUUCCUUCUGAAAUCAAAUAACUUUAAAGCAAUACUGAAAUCUCACUAUGACUCUUGAAUGACUAAGAACUUGCAGAGCAAUUUUGCAACAAAAUUUAACCUAAAAAGAGGGAAGUUCAAGUCUCUUUUUGUUAAUCCAAAGAUAGAUUCUCUCAUAAGGAAAUACCUUGUCUCUAAGUUCAACUCUGAUUACACUAACAGUAAAGAUGAUGCGCUAAUUGAAAUCGUACAGCACUUCCCGAUGAUGUACGAAUUCAAGACCAGAAAUAUCUUCUUCAAGCUCACUGCUUUUGGUGAGAUUAGGAAUAAGUAUUAUGCUUCUGAGCUAUUCACAAGAGCUAAUUCCAAUAAUGAAGGAGGUCUUAGCCUGUCUAGAAGAAGACUUGACGUACCUAGAGAUAAUAUCUUAAAAGAUGCUUAUGAGAAGCUUGAAGACUUACAGUCAGACCCAUCUUUCUUAGAGUUCAGGUUUGAUGAAGAAGUGGGAACUGGGCUUGGUCCAACUCUUGAAUACUAUGCUCUUAUUGGAAAAUACAUCAAAGAAAAUACAAAAUUAUGGAAAAAGACAUCAGACAACUCCUUGUAUCCAAAGCCGCUAGACUACAAACUUUUAAAGAAUAAACAAAAGAGAAAGAUAGAGCAGUUCUUCGAACUGGUAGGUACUAUCAUUGCAAGAUCUUUAAUGGAUGAAAGACUUAUUGAUCUCCCUAUUUCAGUUGUCUUCUGGAAACUUGUGUUUUCAGAAACAGCUAUCCUGGAUGAUGUCAACAAGAUUGAUAAGGAUUUCUACAAAGGACUAAAAUUCGUGCAACAAUAUAUUGACAGAGAAGACAAAAUCAAGGCAAAUGCUACAGUUCCAAGACUUGUAAAGGAAAAAUACAAUAAAGAAUGUGAAGACCUCCAAUGUGAAGGAAACCAAUCUCAGUCGGAAGAAGAUGAACAAGAAUGAUCCAUAGAAAAUUUAUGCAUGAGCUUUGUUCUCCCAGGGGAGGAAGAGAUAGAACUAGUGGAGAAUGGAGUUGAUGUGACAGUUACAAGCAAGAAUAUGAGAGAAUAUAUUAGAAGCUCACUAAACUGCCUUUUUAACGACUCAGUAAAGCUUCAAGUCAAUGCUUUCAGAAGAGGAAUCAAUAGUGUUUUUAGAAUAGAUGCACUAAAAUGCUUCCUUCUCGAAGAGCUAGAAGGCCUCAUUGGAGGAGAAGAGAGCCAUGAAAAUGGAUUAGAAAAAUGGAACAAAACUUUAUUAGAACAUGUCAUCCCAGACCAUGGCUACAAUGAAGAAAGUCCCGCCUUCACUAAUUUCAUCCAAUAUAUGACACAUCUAAAUAAAGAACAGCUAAGAAACUUUCUAUUGUUCAUCACAGGAUCACCUAGACUUCCUUUAGGAGGUUUAAAGAGUUUGAGGCCAAAACUCACAGUGGUGAAAAGGACUUGAGAAGAAGGAUGCAACCCAGAUGAUUUCCUACCUUCAGUAAUGACUUGCCAAAACUAUGUGAAACUUCCAGAAUACUCAUCACUUGAAGUUCUGACAGAAAGAAUGAACUAUGCAAUCAAAGAAGGAACGAAUAGCUUUGAUCUAUCUUAAUUCCUGUAAUCUU